AAGGAAUUUGAGUGUUUAGCUGCGAUCGGUGCGGCGGCGACGCUUUGACCGCGGGUUUUUGUGUGUGCUAAACUAGCAGGCUAGCCACUGGAGCUAGGUAGCUGUUAUUGUUUUGUUUUUUUUUUUUAAUCACGGCGAGCUAAAAUGGAGGAGCUAAAAUGGAGGUUGCUUCACUGCCACUCCCGGGUCCUCGAACGUCUGCACACUCCGGCUAAAUUGUUGCUAAUGUCAAACGGUUUUUCCUGGAUCAAAUUGAGGCAGGAGUGGUAGUUUCCGUUCAUUCGCACAGGGUGUGAUGCAUAUUUAAGAUACAGGACCAGGAGAUUGCGAAUGACGUCCACCGUAAAGGGGGGCAGCUAGCCACGUUCACACCAUGAACAGUCGCCAUGAGCAUGAGAGCCUCCCCAGGCCCGCAUCUGGGAUCCAAGGCAAACGCUAACGCCAUAGGUGGGACGUUGUCUUUGUUUCCCGUGAGCCUCAGGAGGGAGUCACGUGACUCACCCUCGGAUGCUCCAGGCGAUUUCCGGUGGGCCGGAAAGAUCCCGAGCAGGUCCAAGCGCUCGGAACAGACUUACAUGAGCGGCGACGUCUCGGACGUUGUCGAAGUAGAUCGGGCCACCGCUCUGGGGGUUCUGUCCCCUGUCAGACAAAUGGGGGGUGAGGGAACCCCGGUGAAAGGCAAACCCCUCUCCAUGGACAGCAUGGAAAACCCUCAGAUGGCGCCGAACAACAACACGCCCAAGGAUGCCGAUGGCGUUCUCGGCGCCGCGUCAAUCGAAGUGUCGCCCGAGGGCAAGUGGAAGAACCUUCGGAAGAGCCCGGCCAACCCUCACACGCAGGCCAACUGUUUGCGGCAGAUCCUGCUGCUGCAGCUGGACCUCAUCGAGCAACAGCAGCAGCAGCUGCAGUCCAAGGACAAAGAGAUCGAUGAUCUCAAAGCAGACAAGGAGACGCUUCUGGCACGUAUUGAGCGCAUGGAACGCCGCCUGCAGCUCACCAAAAAGGACCCGCCACGUGACAAGCGCCUCUUCCAGCCGCUGGAGCCUUGGACCCCCGACAAGGAGGACAUGUGGGACCUAGAAGUAGAGGAGAGCCCGCAGCCCAAUCCAUCUACCCUGCUACCCUUAAGUCGAGGCAGCAAAGGGCAAAAGAGAAAAUCCUGCUUUGGGGACUCCAAACUCCAGAAGUCUCGCGGCAAAAGCGCCAAGCUGAGUCCCCACAAGCCGGAGAGUCAACCGGCGUCUCCGUCUCAGCGCGAGCUGCGCAGCAAGGAGACGCCGGAGAGGAGCGCUCCGGCCAGGGGCAAAGAAGAGGAGGCGGCGGAGCUGAGCUGCCAGAUGGACGACCUCCCCUUCCUGUCCACCACGGAGAUGUACUUGUGCUGCUGGAACCAACCUCCCGUGUCGCCGCUGCGCGAGACUUCUCCCAAGAAGGAGGAAGAAGAGGAGGUGGCCAAUGCAUCCAGCACACACUCCAUGAUGAACUUCCUUUUCCCGUCUUCGUGCCGCCUCUCAGUUCCGUCAUGGCGGGAAAAUGUCAUCGAGCCGUUGGGUGAGGAUUUAAGCUUUGACGCACAAGAGCCGCUGGACGACGGUGUGUUUCUCAAACGCCACGCCAAGCUGGAACUGGAUGAGAAGAGGAGGAAGAGGUGGGACAUCCAACGGAUCCGAGAGCAGCGCAUGUUUCAGCGCCUGCAGCAGCGCAUGAACAGGAAGAAGAUCAUACUGGAGACUGAGCCUGAACUUUCGUCAUUCUAUCCAGAAACUGAAGACGUCGAAGCGAUUAUGAUCACACCCUUCUUGCCAGUGGUCGCGUUUGGUCGGCCGUUGCCCAAACUUUCACAAGAGAAUUUUGAGCUGCCUUGGCUGGAUGAGCGCAGCCGCUGUCGCAUCGAGGUGCCCAAGAAACAUACUCCUCACCGGACCUGUCGCAAGUGAAUGUCGCCGAGCGGGAGACACCGCCAUUUAGUUCGAUACGGUCACGUCACCAAUUGUGUAACUGCUGUUGCUUUUCUUUUGCGGAAGAGAAAGGCGUGUCAAACAUAUCACUCAUCACGCGGCGUGAUGCGGUAGCUGCGUUCCCAUCUUCGAAUACCUUUACUGUUACUGCACUCGGCUGACACCGAAAAAAAAGAAAAAUACAGUUUGCGUCAGAGCUCCUUGGACAACUUUACAUUUUGCGACUGCUUUAAGAAAGAAAUGUCCCAAAUUUACUGUGGUGCUGUGUAUCUGUCGCUCACCCAUCCAUCUAUGGAGCAAUGCACUCUUCACACACAGUGAAGGUCUGUUGAGGGAAAAAAAAAGCCUGAAUCAGUUUUCUCUGUAGGAGGAAGGAGAAAAAAAUGGACGUUGGCUUGAACCCGAAUGUUCUGUUUCCUCAGUUUAGUUCUUUUACUUUUACACUACUCACAAAAAGUAAAGUGGGCUUUUGGUUCCACUUCUAUGCCCCCUUGUGACUUCUGUGCAAAAAGUUCUGAGACACCUUCAAUCAAACGUUUGGAGUUCAAAAAUGAAGUGCAACUGUACAGGUUAAGUUCCAACCUGAAAUUUCACCCUCAAAUCCCCUUUUUUGUGAGUCGUUAACAUGUGAAUUGCAUGACCUCGGAAACAACGGUAGCAUGGCUUAACCCCUCGAUGGAUCUUCUCUGCUCUUAAGCAAAAUAAAAAGGAUGCAAGCAUGACUUUUGGCUGUAAAGUGUCCAGAGUGUUGGAAAAUAAUGACAUGCACACAAAUAGUGAAUGUGUAUCAUUGACCUCAUCCAGGAGCAGUAAGUCAACAUCGGGGAAUCCAUUUUAGACGGAAACGUUCCUAGCUUGUAGUUCUAACGACAUGCUGCCAUUCUCUCCCCUCCGCAGUAAAUUUUAUUUGGUUUGUUUUCCUUCACGAGGCAACAGCUUCAACCGCUAUACUGUAACAAGUGGAAUCGAUGUUGGCUAGGUCCGGAAGCUUCGUCUGUACAUAGCUUUCACAAUGUACAUAAAACAUGGCUGUUAUUUUUUUAUUAUUUAAUGUUGGAACGUGUUGUGUACAUUCAAAAUUCAAUGAUUGUUGACAAAUUGAAAGUUGCAUUUUCUUUUUGGAAUAAAAUGACCAUUUCUCUCGUG